AUGAGAGCAAUCAGUGGACUACCGGCCAUAUGGACGACGAUCUCAGGCAAAGACCACGAGGUUAUACCCGCCUUGCACAAGAAGUACGGCCCCAUUGUCCGCCUGGGACCGAAUGAACUAUCGUUCGCGGGAGGUGCCAAGGCAUGGGCAGACAUACAUGGUCCUAGAAAAGGACCCUUGCCUCACAAAGAUCCGGUUUUCUACCCGAGCAGCAUCAACGGCGCCCAGAGUCUGAUGACAGCGGGAGAUGAGGAGCAUAGCAGACAGCGGAAGAUCAUGUCGCAUGCCUUCAGCGAGCGGAUCUUGAGGGAGCAGGAGCCCCUACUCAAGUCGUGGGCCGCGAAGAUGAAGACCAAAAUGGCCGAGCGCACUGCUACUGGCCAGGGGAUCAACAUGGUCAAGUUCUACAAUUGCACUACCUUUGACAUCAUGGCCGAUCUUCUCUUCCUCCAGGGGCUCAAUUUGUUGGAAGAUGAGGAGUACUCUCCCUGGAUCAAGACCCUCUUCAACAGCCUCAAGACCGCGACCAUGGUCCUCGGAUUCCGACGGUACAGCUCUUGGGUCAACCAAUUCAUUGAGUACUAUGUCAAGAACAACGAACAGGCGCGCAAGGCGGAGAGUGAGCACUUUCGCUACGCCGCCGAGCGAAUCGACGCUCGCUGGAACCGGUCAGCCAACCGUCCUGACCCCUGGGCCGCAUUCUUGGGCGGCCUUACCCGUGAAGAGCAGCAUGUCACCGCGUCCGCUCUCAUGGUGGCUGGGACGGAAACGACAGCUACUGCCUUGAGCGGACUCACGUACCAUCUCUUGCAAAAUCCCGCAGUCGCAGAAAAGCUCAAGGAGGAAAUCCGAUCAAGUUUUCGAUGCUAUGACGACAUCAAUUUCGACAGCUUAGCCAGGCUGAAGUACAUGGAUGCGUGCCUCAAGGAAGCGCUUCGCAUCUAUCCUCCGGUUCCGUCCGGACUCCCGCGUGUGACCCCACCCGGCGGCUUGGUGAUCUGCGACCAUUAUAUUCCAGGAGGUACCAUCGUGGGGGUGCACCACAUGGCGACGUAUCGCUCGCCAGAUCACUUCAGACACCCUGAAAACUUUGCCCCGGAGCGGUGGCUGGGCGAUCCCGAGUACGCUCGCGACCACCGCGAUGCAUUAGAGCCAUUUCAGACCGGCCAGCGAAACUGUCUUGGUCAGAACUUCGCGUGGCACGAAAUGCGCCUGCUACUUGCAACGGUACUUUUGCAUUUUGACCUUAGCCCAGGGCCGGGAUCAGAGAGCUGGAUCGACCAGAAGGUAUACAUUCUUUGGGAGAAAAAACCCUUGUUGAUCUGCCUCAAGGAGGUCAAGGCAUAG